CUCACCUUCCCCAUCUCCACCAACAUUUCAGUUUCACCACCUCUCUCUCUCAUUCUCACCCAUCCACUCAUUAUUAUUGUCAUCACCAUUUCUCCAAAGCUCCUUCUCCAACAACAACCUUACCUCAUCACAUCACCAUUCUCUAAACUCUUUAUUGUUUGUUGUGUUUCGUGUUUGUUCUUCUUUUGUCUGCAUUUGUCACUCUAUUGUUCAACCACUUUUCCCCUAAUACACACUUUUUUUUAUUAUAUAAAUUAAAAUUAUAAUAUAUAUAUUUUUAAAAUAGUAGAGAAAAAGUUAGUAGUUACGUAUUCAUACAUAUAUACACAUACAUAGACACUGGACCAUUGAGUCAUUAACAAAAAGUACUUUUCUUUUUCUCUUAAAUUUCGGUUUUUGUUUCUCUUUGACUUGUUAUUUCAUUUGGGAUUUGUGAUUAUUCAUAAGGGUCAUAUAAAAAUGGUUUCUUUUUAGUUCUCUAAAACUCUAAUUCUCUCAUCAUGGAUCUUGAGUCUGUGUUUCACAAGAACCCAAUUAAGGAGGAAUCAUGGAAGCAUGUGUUGGUUUUGGCUUAUCAAAGUUUAGGAGUUGUGUAUGGAGAUUUAAGCACUUCUCCACUUUUUGUUUACAAAAGUGCUUUUGCUGAGGAUAUUGAACAUUCGGACACAAAUGAAGAAAUCUUUGGUGUGCUGUCUUUUGUGUUUUGGACACUGACACUGAUUCCACUUUUCAAGUAUGUGUUCAUUGUGUUGAGAGCUGAUGAUAAUGGUGAAGGAGGGACUUUUGCUUUGUACUCUUUGCUAUGCAGACAUGCUCGUGUGAGUUUGAUGCCUAACACACAGCUUGCAGAUGAGGAUUUGACACAGUACACAAUGGACGGAACUGCUGCAACCAAUAAGAGAAAUGUUGGGUCUAGUUUGAAAUCUUUGUUGGAGAAAUAUAGGGUGCUUCAAAGGGUGCUUCUUGUUCUUGCUUUGAUUGGGACAUGCAUGGUUAUUGGUGAUGGUGUUCUCACACCAGCAAUUUCUGUUUUUUCUGCAAUAUCAGGUUUAGAGCUUUCCAUGUCUAAAGAGCAGCACAAAUAUGUGGAGGUUCCGGUUGCUUGUGUAGUACUGUUGUUUUUAUUUGCGCUUCAACAUUACGGAACUCACCGGAUUGGAUCUCUUUUCGCACCUGUUGUGUUGACGUGGCUGAUAUGCAUCAGUUCUAUUGGUAUUUAUAAUAUAAUCCACUGGAAUCCACAUGUUUACCAAGCUCUCUCCCCAUACUACAUGUUCAAAUUUCUGAAAAAGACUCAAUCAGGAGGUUGGAAGUCGUUGGGAGGGAUUCUAUUGUGUAUAACAGGCUCAGAAGCUAUGUUUGCUGAUUUAGGACACUUUUCGCAAUUGUCUAUUCAGAUUGCUUUCACUUUCUUGGUAUACCCUUCUUUGAUCUUAGCCUAUAUGGGACAAGCUGCUUAUCUUUCCAAGCAUCAUUCCCUUGAAAGUGACUAUAGAAUCGGGUUUUAUGUGUCUGUACCAGUAAAACUUAGAUGGCCUGUUCUUGCCAUAGCCAUACUUCAAGCUGUGGUUGGAAGUCAAGCUAUCAUCACCGGAACUUUCUCGAUAAUCAAACAGUGUUCCUCUUUAGGAUGCUUCCCAAAAGUCAAAAUCGUUCAUACAUCAUCCAAAAUACAUGGUCAGAUUUACAUUCCUGAGAUCAACUGGAGUCUGAUGCUUCUUUGCCUGGCUGUUACAAUUGGUUUUCGAGAUACCAAGCGCCUCGGAAAUGCUGCAGGUUUGGCUGUGAUAGCUGUCAUGCUGGUGACCACAUGCCUGAUGUCUCUGGUUAUAGUCUUAUGUUGGCACAAAAGUGGUUGGGUAGCUAUCUGCUUUUUAUUGUUCUUUGGUUCCAUUGAAGCACUCUAUUUCUCUGCCUCACUCAUCAAGUUCCGUGAAGGUGCUUGGGUCCCUAUUGCCCUUUCACUCAUCUUUCUUCUUAUCAUGUAUGUAUGGCACUAUGGGACGGUUAUGAAAUAUGAGUUCGAUGUUCAAAAUAAGGUCGCUAUUAAUUGGCUCCUUGGUUUAGGCCCGACUCUUGGAAUCGUAAGGGUUAAAGGUAUUGGCCUAAUACACACCGAGCUUGUAGCUGGGAUUCCGGCUAUCUUCUCUCAUUUUGUUACCAAUCUCCCUGCUUUUCACCAAGUUGUAAUCUUUCUAUGCAUCAAAUCCGUCCCGGUACCGCACGUUGCACCUCGAGAGAGAUUCUUAGUUGGUAGAAUUGGACCAAAGGAAUAUAGGCUUUAUAGGUGCAUAGCACGGUAUGGCUACCGUGACGUACAUAAAGAUGACAUGGAGUUUGAAAAUGAUCUUAUUUGCAGCAUAGCAGAGUUUAUCAGAUCGGAUAUUUCUGAAUACAGCUCAGGGUUAGGAAGUUUCGAAGACGAUACAAAGAUGACCGUUGUCGCGGCUUCGUCGUCAAACUCCGACGGUGUAAAGAUUUCGGAAGACAAUCAAGAUAAUAAUUCUCAAAUAGAAGGAACUUCGUCGGAGUUGAAGGAAGUUAAGCCGCCGAAAAAAGUGAAGAAGAGAGUGAGGUUUGUUGUGCCGGAUAGUCCGCAGAUGAAUAUGGAUACAAGGGCAGAAUUGCUUGAACUUACGGAAGCAAAGGAAGCUGGAAUGGCAUUCAUAAUGAGUCAUUCAUAUGUGAGAGCAAAGAGAGGAUCAAGUUGGAUAAAGAGAGUUGUUAUAAAUUAUGGCUAUGAUUUCUUAAGGAGAAACUCAAGAGGACCAACAUAUGCUUUAAGUUUACCUCAUGCAUCUACCUUAGAGGUAGGUAUGAUAUAUCAUGUAUGAGUUUUUGGCUAGUGCAAUUAGUUAAUAGCUAGUUUUGUAUCUAGUGGAUCCUUAUACAAGAUAAAUGGUGGCAUUUUGUAUAGUGACACUCUAAGUCCAAGUUUCUUUAUGAGUAAAAUUGCUACCAACUUUUUGUUUCAUUUUGUAUUUUCUUGGUGUACAUAAAUAAGAUAUUUGUAGGGACUAAUUCCCUGAAUAUCAAGGUCUUUUCAUUCAUGAAUAUUGAAAUGUAGAUCAAGUUUAAGUUUUCAUGAUA